CUAGCGCUUCAGAAGCGCUGAAGACUCGCUGGGAAUCGCGGGAUCUCAACAUGGCAGACGAAGGUGGUUCGCAACUUGUGGGAAAAAGCGGAGGCAUCGUGAUCCCAGAUGACUGGCCGGGUUAUCCUCUAGAGCUGUUUUCAUAUCCAGAGCAUUACUCUCCUGAGGAUCUGGAAUGUGUCUACAUUCCUCACGGCAUCAUCAUGGACAGGAUAGAGCGCCUGGCAUGCGCCAUUAUGGACGACCUGGGCGACCAUGACAUCGUAUUGCUCUGCGUCCUCAAGGGAGGGUACCAGUUCUGCUCGGACCUGGUGGAGUUCAUCAAGGCCCUGAACCGCACCUCUGACAAAUCCCUGCCUAUGAGGGUGGCUUUCAUCCGCCUACACAGCUACCUGAACGAUCAGUCCACAGAGGACCUUCACAUAGUGGGAGCAGAAGACCUUUCUACGUUACGCGGGAAGAACAUCCUCGUCGUGGAGGGUAUAGUUGACACAGGCAAGACCAUGAAGGCUCUCCUGAAGCACAUCGAGAUCUUCCAGCCCAAGAUGGUGAAGGUGACUGGUUUGCUGGUGAAGAGGAUCCCCAGCGGAAUGGAGACCCUCCCAGACUAUGUUGGAUUCGAGAUCCCUAACCGCUUCGUGGUUGGCUACGCGCUGGACUACAACGAGUAUUUCCGGGACCUCAGUCAUAUAUGUGUAAUCAGUGACACUGGAAAGAAAAAAUACAAGAUCUGAACCUCUUGCCUUCCCAGAAGCCCCCGUCAACAAUUCCACUGUUACGACUAACUGUCUGACACUGCGUGCCUUCACCUGUGCUCUGCUGCUCCACGUCCUGUGCUUUCCACGCUCCAUGCGAGGCCGCCGGAAACCGCACGAGGAUGUUGCCCUUGCCGGCAGGGAUGACGCAUACGCAGCCAUUUACAGUUAAUGUACAAUUUGUCCUCACACUUUUGUCCGAUUGCAUCCAACUUUUAGGAGGUAAACUUUAAUGAAUGCCAUGGACUGGUUACAUUUUUAGUGAUGUUUUAAAUAUGUCUUACAUUUGGUUUUUAGUUUUGUUACGUUCCAGAAUUUUCUGAGCUUUGGUUAUUUUCUUGUGGUCUGUUUUUGCUGGAAUAUUUUCUAACACAAACUGUUUAAUAUUAAGAUAAGAUAAGAUGGACUUUAUUGAGGAUUCUUUUGCAUACAGCAAUAAGUUAGGUAAAGAGCGGGUAAUCAUGCAGCGUAAAAUACGACAAAAAUAGAUUAAAAAUUACACAAUAAUAAUGAUAAGUUACAACAUGUAAAAGCUCAUUUAAAAAGAUGUCUCAAUCAUGUAUGAAUGUCUUAACAGGAAACCACAUUAACAGCUCAGAAUAUUUUAUAUACUUUUUUAUAUAAUGUUUUAGGUAGAUGAUGUUACGGGUCUCUUCUUGUACACUCUGACAAAGGGAGGUUUUCAAGCCGUUCGGCCCUGAUGCUGGAGAAAGGGGGGUGAAGCUGACAUUUCUUUGAAUCGGAGGGGAACAGCGGAGUGAAUCUCUCACUGUGCCAAAGCUUAAUAACCUAGGUUACUGUGAUGGGGAUUAUUAUUUUAUUUUACUUGCUUAUAAUGUUCAGGCUGCUAGACAUCUACAUGCUUUGGUUUUUCUGUGCUAAAAUGACAUGUUAGGGCUAAUAAACAUAGCUGUGUGCUGUUUUUCUUUUUUUGCUAA